UUAUAUGAAAAAUAUUUUGACAAAUAGUUGUUGUUUAGAUGACAAGAUCAAGCCAAUGGCUAUUGCAGCAGCUGUUGUUGCUUUCAUCCUGGGUAUAUCCACCAUCUUACUAGCUGUUGCUUUGCUUUGUAAAGCAAAACGCCGACACAAAGCUAAAGUUUUGGUAUACAGACAACCAUACAAUAACGACAGUUUAAGAGGAACCAGGCAGAACAAUGGAUUCGAAAGCGCCGCCCAGUACCAUGUGAAACGGUAAGAAGAAACUAAAAAUCGGUUAUUGCUAAAAAUUCCGGUCAAGUUUCUGAAUUACACAAUGAAUUAACGCUUUGUCCCACGUGAUUGAUACCGAUAUAUUUCGAGAUCGAGCAACAACAUCUACUUCUGCACUCAAAUUGCCUGCACCUUUCCUCCCCUUUCCGUCCCUCCCCCUCCCCUGAGAGCCGCUACGCAGGCUAGCACUCGAAAACCUCCAUAUAUAAAAAAAAAACACAAAGCUCGAAAAACAGCUUGCUCGGUGUGGAUACACUCAGAGACACCAUCACACAGACACCAUCACACAGACACCAUCAUACAGACACCAUCACACAGACACCAUCACACAGACACCAUCAUACAGACACCAUCACACAGACACCAUCACACAGACACCAUCAUACAGACACCAUCACACAGACACCAUCACACAGACACCAUCACACAGACACCAUCACAAACAUAACAUGAGUGCAUAACACCAGAAACAAAAUAUUAAAGAGAUAAUUGAUUAAUAAUGAAAUGAUACAUUACAAUGUACAUAAUUCUUUGCUAAUUACAUUAUUAUUAUGCAUUGAGUUUGUUUCUUCGAGUGAAGAUUAUCUCAGGGGCGUCAGAGGAAGCUUGAUAACUUGGAGGGUUUAAAUUAUAUUCUCAGAUUUUUCUAGACCUGUUUCGUUAGGCCCUCUCAUUAAUUCUUUCAUUACAAUUUGUGAGCCUAUAUGCUAUCCUGAGUCAGCAUGGAUUAUUAUUAUUUGCCAUGCAAUCAUCGCAAUUUUUAAUUAUUUUUUAAAAUUAUUUUCGGGGGAACCGAAGUAUUCCAGUCCCCUAUUUAUAAAACAUGGCAUCUCCCCGCCGCCCUCUACUUCUUACGCCCCUGGAUUGCCUGAUAUCAAGCGGUUGAAAUUUAAAUUAAUGAAUUUUUCUGAUAUGUGAAGAAACUUGAGUCCACACGAAAGUACGAAACAACAUAUGUUCAUUGGCAGCUACGGUAAAUUAAUCGGCAAGCUUCUCAGUGUUAUCAGUACCAACUUGUAUACUUCGAAACUUUGUAGCAUUUCGAAACUUUGUAACUUAACUUUCCAAAACUACCUUCGUCGGACGCCUACGGAUCGGGGAGUUAGAAUUUUCUAGAAUGUUACCUUUUGACACAUUCGUUUGAUCCAAAUUUGUGUGAAAAGCAUGGAACUAUUGAUCCAUCCUUAUAGGAAGCUAUAAAUUUAAAACACUUUUUGUCGUAUUUUUUUAGUCCUGUGGCCUACGAAGCGGAGCAGCCUACAUACGUGGUAACUCGCAAUGCUGCCCGCACACCUGAUAGAUCUCCAGUUCUCCUGGCCGAGAACGGGAGAUCUCACAGUCCAGCUUCUUCAGGCAUGCUGUGGGUACCGAAUGGCGAUGAUGACAGGAAGAUGCGUACUAAUCCUAUUUACAAAUAACUUGGCAAUGCUGGAUCGUGUAUACAUACCAUUUGUAGUGCAUGUUAACUAACUAGGUAUCAUUUACUUAAAUAUAACUCUAAUAUUCAGUGAUACAACCAUUUUUGAUAAUACAUAGAGUCACGUGGUAUUCUAAUAAUUCUAUCUAAUCUUGACCAUCAAACUUUAGUUUACUAACUUACUUUAAUUUGUAUGUACCCUCAAUUCAAUAAUAAAGUCAGUUCACUUCA